UUAAUGAAAUUAUAUGUGUGAUCAGAUCUGCUUGGUUCAAAGCAAUAUGCUUUUGUAGUCUCUAUGAUUUCAUGCAAACGAGAACUAUCGGUUGUUUUUUUUUUCCUGAUGUUAAAUCUCAUAUUUAGGCUUAUUUGUUUGGUGUUUUGUUGUUGUUAGGUGACUACAACCCAUGAGAGAUCUAAAUCCAAUGAGUUCUUUUGGUAACUCGCCUGUUAUGUGCAGCUGGUGCGGAAUUCAUAUUGCACACCAUCAAUGGCGGGAGCAUGUUCAAGUUUGUCAUGGCGCUUAUAAUCAUGCAAGUGUUGCUAUGGCCACCACUCAGGCUAGCAUUGCUAUGGCCACCUCUCAAGUCAGUGCUCAGGGCCAUGGUGUAUCUGCUGCAACGUUGACUCAAGGGCAAUGGUAUCAACAACCAUAUCAACAGUACUACGAAAACUAUAUCGGAGACUACAUGCAACAACAACCGAUUCAAUGUCAAAGUUUUGCUCCACAAAAUCAAGACGCUUAUAAUGAGGCAAGUGUUGCUACGGCCACCACUCAGGCUAGCAUUGCUAUGACCACCUCUCAAGCUAGUGCUCAGAGUCAUGGUGUAUCUGCUGCAACGUUGACUCAAGAGCAAUGGUAUCAACAACCAUAUCAUCAGUAUUAUGAAAACUAUGUCGGAGACAACAUGCAACAACAACAACUGAUGCAACUUCAAAGUUUUGCUCCCCAAAAUCAAGUAAUCUAUGUGCAGGUGCAGCCACGGGUUCAUCAUGUUGCUCAAACCGAUCACUCUCAGAUGCAACCUCAACCACAGGUCCAAUCUCAGAGUUUAGCUAUGCAUCAACCUCAUGAUGCAUUUUCAUCACCUAAGGACAACAAUGUUCAGGAUAGUCUGGCACAAAACACUAUUGGUCAGUGUCAGUCAAACCAUCCACAUGCAUCUUGGACUGGUCUGAACCCUCAACCUAACCAGACAAACCAAGUUGAAGCUCCCCCAAACAAUAUGUUUGAGUAUCAUGAAGAUCAUUUUGCUGAACAGGUAACACAUGUUCAUCCACCUCAACCUAUUAUUCUUAUUCAAAAACAACAGCCUUUGAUACCAAGUCAACUAACGAGAGAUCAAUAUACAAUGCAACAGGUGCUUAAGUAUGGAGGAGCGUCAGUCCCUGAAAGCUCAUAUAUGCAUUCAUUACAUCAACUAAUUUUGUCAAAUCCUUCAUUGCCGCAACAACAAACAGUAGCAUCAACAACUGAUGUCGUUCAUAAUCAGAUGCAUCAGGAAGGCCCUUCCUAUAAUCUCGAUAUAGCUCUGCAGGAGCAUCAACAUAUUCCUACAAUUCUUGGGGUUCAACCAAACAUGAACCAUUUUUCCGCUACUGCACCGCAGGUGGGCUUAGGACAUGCUGCACCGAGCUUGCAAAGGAUCCCAAAGCAGGUACAUUGGCCACCUUUGGGCCCAGAUAAAGUAAUUCAUAUAUAUGGAAAUAAAGAUGAUGAAGCAGUUAUGGAGGGUUCAAUCUCUGAUUCAACCAACGAUUUAUAUAAUGUGUUACGUGCUGCUGAAGAAACUACAAUUAAUUUUGAUCAUAAGCAUAAAAGAAAGCUUACUGAGGCUUGUGAUGAAUCUGUCCACCAAUCAAAGAUUAUUGUGGAGGGCAGUGAAAUAAAAAUUGGGCCUCUAGGCAAGCAAGUGAUGGAAGAAAAUGUUGAAAAUGACUGUGAAAACCUGGGUAAGAGUCUUUUAGUAGAUGUUGGAAAUGGUUGGGAAGACCUAGGUAAGAGUAUUUUAGUAGAGAAAAAAGGCCUAAACGAUGAUCCUUCUCUGGAUGGUACUCUACUAACGAACCCUAGUCUGUUAGACCAAGAUGGACCUCCACAGCUGAGCAAUCUUCCCCAGCAUUACCUCACGAUUUCUGAAAAAUCUAGAGGUCGUUCUGCAAAAUCAUUGGAUAGAGUAUUUGACCAGAGAUCAUCGGUUAGGAGUCAUGAAAAGCAUGAGACGGGUUUCGAGCUAAGACCUACUUUAAGAUCCUCUCAGCCUUCCAUGGACUUGGGAGAAGGACAGUUCAGACAUGGACCAAGAAAUCCUAUACGUGAACACCUUGGGAUGCCUUCUCAUGGAUAUGGGCCUUCAGGGGAUAGAUUUGCUUUGCAUAGGAGUGAGUUUAAAGGUCUUGGAAAUCUUCAAAUAGGAGAGAAGGUAAUUGCUGGUGAUAAGAUUGGAGCAGUGGAUAGUAAUAAUGGUUUUAGGCUUGGAGAUGUUGGAUCUCAGAGUAGAUAUACCUUGCAAGGAUAUCCUGGUGAUGAUGUCUCGUUUCCAGUUAAGGUUUUAGUAUUUAAAUUUGCCUCUUAAUCUUUUUUUUUUUUGCUGUGUCUCCACAUUUUCAAGAUAUUUUAAAAACUUGCUUUUCAUGUAUCUAAUUUGUAUUUCUUUUCUUUUUAGGGAGACUGGGCGACAAAACCUUUUGAGGGUUUAGAUUUUCACUCCCAGACAAAGAAGCAUCAACAGAAGUCUAUGGAUAUGGUCUCCAUGAUGAAGCAUAAUGAAAAGAAACAUAAAAUGUAUGUCUUUAAAGCUAUUUUACAUCAAGCUAUCAUGAACUUAUAAAUUUUAAGUUGACAUGCAUUUUUUGUUUGUUUGUUUGUUUGGUUUAUCUGCUAGGGCUCCUUCGGGCUCUUCUCAAUUUGGUAAUCAAAACAAAAAUGAAGAAGGCAGAUUGAAAGGUUCAGGAGAGAAAGAGGAAAACCGGUCCAUUGUGCAUCAUCCGUAUUAAUAAUUUGGCUAAAAACUGCUGGUGAACAUUCUCCAGCACCUCCUAUCAUAUCAGACUUUUUUUUUUAUUUACAACUAUCAUAUCAGACUUUUUCUUAUUGACAACUAUCAUAUCAGAUUUUAUGCAAUAUUUUUACUAAGACAUUAUGAAAUUUGAGUCAUAAGUUUCUGUUUACUUCUUGUAUCUCCAUACUAUGUAGUUACAGCUUUUUGUUAAGGUUGUCAUUAUCGAGUGAACAUGGAUUUUCCUUCAUAUUUUUAACUUGCAUUGCAUUAUAGUAGCAUGAAAUACUUAAUGCUUCGGUAUGCUAUGUGGUAGUAAAAAAAUUACAUGUCCAUGCGAACUAGCUAGGGUGUCAAAAUAUCUGCGAACAGUAAGCGAUCAAGUCGGUUGGUAGUGAUUGGGCAGAUGCCAAGUUAUGAGAGACCUUGAUUUUGACAGUUAACCUAAGUAAAGAAACAGUAUAUGUGACCAAGCAUAUUUACACAAUGAAACUAAAGAGCUCCAGUCUAUAGUACUACAUGGUUUUUUUCUUUCCUGCGGAAAGUGGAUAGAUAAAUAUAUAAUUAUAUAUCUAAUAAAUGAAAUCUUGAUUUCUUUUUUUUUCUUCAGUCCCCACGCAACCCUUGUCAUAUUGCUACCCAUAGAAUUUACAGGUAUCACAAAUAAUGUACCAGAUCAAUUAUACUUGUUAUUCAGACCCUAUUCUUUAAUUAGUAGCUUGUGCAUGUUCCACAUCUUUCCCAUACAAAUUCUACCACAUUUGGAGUUUGUGGUGUGCGUAUUUUGUCGCUGAUUUAUAAAUAACACAUUACCUCGAUUUAUUGUUUUGGCAGAAACAAUAACUAAUUUAAUUGAUUUUACGAUUUGACAUGAUUAUAUAAUUUUAAGGUUAAUAAUAUUAUAUAAUAAUUACAAUAACAAAUUUAAUUGAUUUUUAUAUUUGUAUUAAGGGUAAUUACGUUUCUAGAUUUUGAAAUGCAAAUUUUGCAUCUUAACUCUAUAUUUUCCUGCAUCUCAAAAAUCUAAAUGUUACAGAUUUUGUAUCUAAAUGUUGAUACAAAAGUUUACAAACAAACAAUAUCUGAAUAGUUUCAUCUAGAUAUAGAGUUUGGAUACAAACGAACAUCGCUUAAACCCCUGAAGAAGAACAAGAAGUAAUGCAAGCCAAAAGGUUGUGCACAAAUUGAAUAUCUGAAUCUUUUUGAGGUAUUCGUGAUCCAAUCUAUUUCGUCCAAAUAAUUAAUUAUCCGAUCCGAGCUGUUCCGCAGCUAUUCAGAUAUUUGGUGUUUGAUAUCUAAUUCAUUAAUAUUUUAAUUGGAUAUCUGAUUUGAUCAAUAUAAAUAAUUUAAAAAAAAACUAAAACUAAUAAAAUCUCAAAAUAAUAUAAAAUAAUUGUACUUGAUUAUAAAAUAAAAUUGAUUUAGUUUUAUAACUCUAAUAAGUUAAAUAAUCAAUUUUAUAAAUAAAAUAUUUAAAACUUAUAUAAUAUAUAAUAAUUAUAUAAUUCAUUAAAUACAGGUAUGUAUAUGCAUGAUCGACCGAAUAUUCAUUGUUAAAAUAUUAGUAUUAAUGAGUUGUUUCGUUUUUUUACGUAUAGUGAAUAUUAAUAUGUGAUUUGCUUCGUAGAGUAACAAAAUCCAUUUUUUUGUUCGAAUCAAAACGGAUAAUUAACCAAAUCAAAAUUUUUUGUUCAAAUUUU